AUGCCAAAGGCGCGGAAGAUCGUCAUCGCGAGCCUGUUCGAGGGAGAGCCAAAAAUCACCGACUUCAAGAUCGAGACCGAAGAGCUUCCAGCGCUUCAGGAUGGUCAAAUAUUGUGUGAAGCCGAAUACAUAAGCGUGGACCCGUUUCAGCGGUCCAGCACUCAUAAGCACAAGGUUGGCAGCACCAUGGUUGGGGCGCAGGUAGCGCGCAUCUUAGAGAGCCGAUCAUUGGACUACCCAGUGGGACGUCACGUGGUCGGUUACUGGGGCUGCCGCGACCGCACAGUGGUGGACCCAACGCCGGCGGCUGACGACAUCCUGCCGCCAAUGCUGGUGCCCGACAUCGGUGACCUGCCACUGUCGCUCUCGCUGGGUGUGCUGGGAAUGCCGGGAGCCACCGCCUACUUCGGACUGCUCGACAUCUGCCAUCCCAAGCCGGGGGAAACGGUGGUCGUGAAUGGCGCAGCAGGUGCUGUGGGCUCCAUAGUGGGGCAGAUAGCCCGCAUCAAGGGCUGCAAGGUCAUCGGUAUAGCGGGCUCUGACCUAAAGGUUAAGUGGCUGAAGGAAGAACUAGGUUUCGACCACGCCAUCAACUACAAGACGGCAAACUUGGACAAGGCCUUGAAGGAGGCGGCUCCUGGCGGCGUCGACGUCUUCUUCGACAACGUGGGAGGGGAGCAGUUCGACGUAGUGAUCAGCAACAUGAGGAAGGGCGGUCGCAUCUCCCUGUGUGGAUUCAUCUCCAGCUACAACGAGUCAAAGCUCCCCACGAUGCCCGCCAUCCACAUGCACAUGAUUGGCAGGGAGCUUAGGAUGGAGGGCUUCAUGGUCAGUCGAUGGUGGGGUCGCUGGGACCAGGCCUUCACGGAGAUGGCGCAGUGGAUCAGGGAGGGAAAGCUCAAGUACCGGGAGACCGUCAGGGACGGCUUCCAGAACACACCACGAGCGUUCAUCGGCAUGCUGAGGGGAGAAAACUUAGGAAAAGCCGUUGUAAAAGUGUGA